AGUAUGUAGAAACACAAUAAAAUAAUAAAAUGUUUCUUACUACGCAAUUUUAUUUAAACACAAAUUGUGGAUAUUUGAGUAUUGCCACCUAUUUAUGACCUUAUGACGUGCCACGCCAACACUGCGCAUGCGCGUCAUCGCAGUCCAUUCGGCCGAGUCGCACUUGAGCUGAAGCUUCCGUAAUUACAACAAUAUGGAAAAGUUGUUUCUGUUGCUCCUGUCAUGCCACCUUGCUGCUACAGUGAAACACUCCCUGAAAUAUUUCCUCACCUCGACUUCUGGCCUCCCAAACUUCCCGGAGUUUGUGGGAGCUGCGAUGGUCGAUGACGUCCAGAUCGGUUACUGUGACAGCAGCAUCAGGACCGCGCAGCCCAAGCAGGCCUGGAUGAGAGAAUUGAUAAAGAAGGACCCGAGACUCGGAGAGUGGUACUCUCAGAAGUGUUCCGUCAAUCAGCAGGUCUUCAGAGGCCACAUGGACGGCCUGAAGCAGCGCUUCAACCAGACUGGAGGCGCACACAUCCUGCAGAGGAUGAACGGCUGUGAGUGGGACAGCGCCACCGGGGAGGUCGUGGGUUUUAAUCAGUACGGUUACGACGGAGAGGACUUCAUCGCGUUGGACCUGCAGACGCUCACGUGGACGGCUCCCACCCCGCAGGCGUUCAUCACCAAACUGAGAUGGGACACCGACAGGGCCCGACUGGAGUUCAAUAGAAAUUACUACAUCCACAAAUGUCCCGAACAGCUGAAGAAGUAUGUGGAGUGUGGGAGGAGCCUCCUGCUGAGAACAGACCUCCCCUCGGUGUCUCUCCUCCAGAGGACUCCCUCCUCUGCGGUCACCUGCCACGCCACAGGUUUCUACCCCGACGGAGCCAUGAUGUUCUGGAGGAAGGACGGGGUGGAGCAUCACGAGGACGUGGACCACGGAGAGAUCCUCCCCAACCACGACGGAUCCUUCCAGCUGAGCGUCGAGCUGAAACUCACGUCGGUCGCCCCCGGAGACUGGAGCAGGUACGACUGUGUGGUUCGUCUCUCUGGUGUGAAGGACGACAUCCUCACCAAACUGGACAAAGCAGUGAUCAGGACCAACCAGGAGAAUCCCCCUGGUGUGGUCCGCAUUGUUGGAUUUGUUGUCCUGCUUCUUCUGCUCGCGGUCAUCAUUGGUCUACUCGUCAGGAGGAGGAUCAGAAGUGGGCUCCAUCAUCACCCAGGACCUUAAGUGGGAGCCGAACAUCAGCUCCAUCACCAAGAAGGCUCAGCAGAGGAUGUUCUUCCUGAGGCAGCUGAAGAAAUUCAACCUGCCAAAGACGAUGAUGGUGCACUUCUACACGGCCAUCAUUGAGUUCAUCCUCUGCUCCUCCACCACCGUGUGGUACGCUGCAGCCACUGGCAAGGACAAGGGCAGGUUGCAACGCAUCAUCCGCUCUGCAGAGAAGGUGAUUGGCUGCAAUCCGCCAUCUCUUCAGGAUUGUAGCCGACCCUCUCACCCCGGACAUGAACUGUUUGUGCCCCUUCCAUCCGGCAGGAGGGUGAGGUCCAUCAGGACUAAGACCUCCCGCCACACUAACAGUUUCUUCCCUUCGGCAGUCGGGCUCAUCAACUGAGCCGAGUCUCACUUGUCCAUUACGGUUGCCUGGUGCACUUUUUUUGUAUUUGUAUUUUUAACUUAACUAACCCAUAGCAUUAUAUUCUAUUUAAAUUUGCAUCUUAUCUUCUUAUCUCAUCCCUUAUCUUAUUGUAUCUCUUAUCUUCCCGCACUAUGUCGUCUGUUGUCCAUUGUCGCACUGUCUGCCGUCAUGCACCAACCGCCAGGUCAAAUUCCUUGUAUGUCUGACAUAUGAUGACAAUAAGUGUUUCCUGAUCCUGAUUCCUUGAACUUAGCUAUGCACGUCGUUAUAAGGGGCGUGAAUAACAUGUUUUACCCUGUAGUGAAUUCUGUGUAAGUAUUUUAUACCCUAUUAGUUUUAAAUUCUUUUAGUCAUGAAGUAAAUGUCGUAGCAUAUUUGUAUCCAGAAGUGAGCAUCAGGAGUGAUGGAUGGGUCUAAUUCACAUUUUCUUGAUGUUUUGUCAGACUUUGAUAUUCUACAUGAUUGUGGGAUUAACUUCCUUGAAGAGGUGAUAUUAAUUAAUUGUGAGGCUGAGGGAGGUAAUCCUAGAUUAGUGGCCUAAUGUUAAGUUUGAAAACAGGUUUAUUGAGGAUGUGUUUCAAAUGAGGAAAGUAUGACUUUAGUGCACCAUGUUCCAUAUGGGGGUAACAUUUGAAGGUUCAAAAGUUCAAAAAUUUCCUCCCUGCUGUCAGAAUUUUUGCGAUUGGCAAUAUGUCAUCUGCAUAGAGGCGAAUCUUGAUGGCUUCUUAGGGUUUGGACUCCUAUCUUCAUAUCGGUUGUACAGGCCUGUAUCCUCGUGCAGUAUGAGGUUUUGUCAAGUUUGUCCAUUGGUGAUGACAGUGGCCGUAAGCGCAGUGCACAGAAUCUUAACCCAGUUAAUGAUUCUUCCAAGCCAAUUCUUUGCAAAAUGCUUGUGAGAAAUGUCUAGUUUACUUUGGGAAAGGCUUC